UCCAAUUGGCUUCGUAUUAUCAGUCGAUAGAAAAGCAAGUUCUUUUGAAAGAAAGAGACGACAAAGGCGAAUCGAAUCACUUCUCCAUAGAUUCUGAUCGCCGGCCGCCCAAAUCCUAGGUCUUCAUCAUAGUCCUUUCACAUGUAUAUCUCUAUAUACAUUACAGCCAUGGCUUCGUGUCCGAUAAAAAGUUCACUUAUUUCGCAUGGCCUACUACCAUGAAAAUAAACCCUUUUUUCUCUUCUUUUCUUUGUUUUUAUCAAUAAUGGCUAUCGCAAACGCUUUUUCUUCAUGCAAUACCCAUGAAAUAGGCUCUGUGGUACCUACAACUCCUUUGGUCAAGUUCCUUGUACGUGUCCAAGAGAGUGCACUGCAAACUUUUGGCCCCAAAAACUUUGAUCCGAAGCUCUACGUUGAUUUCUCGUUGAAGUUUAAUCUGUCAAAAACUGAGUCUGCGUUUGAUGAGCUCCCUAGGAGUGUUGAUGGGUCGAUAUCGGUUAAGGAUUUGGAGGGUUUUAUAGGGACUUAUUUUGAAGGUGCAGGGGAUGAUUUGGGGGACGCCAAUCCACCUGAUUUUGUGCCGGAGCCUGAAGGGUUUUUGCCGGCUGUUGAGAAUCCGACCGUGAGGUCAUGGGCUUUGGAGGUUCACUCUCUUUGGAAGAAUUUGAGCAGGAAAGUCUCUGGUGAAGUCAGUGAACACCCUGAUUUGCAUACUCUCUUGCCUCUGCCUGGGUCUGUUAUAAUUCCUGGUUCAAGGUUUAGAGAGGUUUAUUACUGGGAUUCUUAUUGGGUUAUCAGGGGAUUGCUGGCAAGCAAAAUGUGUGACACUGCAAAAGGAAUUGUGAAUAAUCUUAUUUCCCUUAUAGAUAAAUAUGGUUAUGUUCUUAAUGGGGCAAGGGCCUAUUACACUAACAGGAGCCAGCCUCCCCUCCUGAGUUCAAUGGUUUCUGAGAUUUACAAGAGGACUUUGGAUAUGGAGUUUGCUAGAAGCUCUCUUCCAGCAUUGCUUAAAGAAUAUCAGUUUUGGAACUCAGAUAUACAUAAAGUGAUCAUCCACGAUGCUCAGGCUAGCAGCGACCAUACUUUAAAUCGGUAUUAUGCCAGGUGGAACAAACCCAGGCCUGAAUCUACAACACUUGACAAGCAUUCUGCUUCCAAUAUCUCGAAUGACUUGGAGAGGCAGAAAUUCUACCAGGAAGUAGCUUCUACUGCUGAAUCUGGAUGGGAUUUCAGUACAAGGUGGAUGAGGAAUCAUUCAGAUUUCACAACAAUAUCCACUACGUUAAUUUUACCAGUGGACUUAAAUGUGUUCUUACUCAAGAUGGAACUCGACAUUACGUACUUAGCAAAAAUUGUUGGAGACAGUAAACAGGCAGAGAGUUUCUUGAAAGCUUCAAAAGAAAGGAAAAGGGCAAUUGACUCAGUUUUCUGGAAUCCAAAGAUGGGGCAAUGGCUUGAUUACUGGCUCAAUGACACUACAUGCCAGCAAUAUCAAACAGUGGAAGUUUCAAACCAAAAUCAAAAUGUAUUCGCUUCAAACUUCGUUCCUCUAUGGAUUGAGUCGUACUAUUCAGAUGUUUUUCUAGUAGAGAAAGUCAUGAAAAGUCUUGGAAGUUCAGGGUUGGUUUGUCGUGCUGGAAUUGCAACUUCUUUGACAAGAUCAGGAGAACAAUGGGAUUUUCCAAACGGUUGGGCUCCCCUACAACACAUGAUAGUUGAGGGUCUAGCAAGAUCAGGUAUAGAAGAGGCAAGGUCAAUGGCCCAAGAGAUAGCUAUAUCAUGGAUCAGAACCAACUAUGGUGCCUACAAGAAAACGGGUGUGAUGCACGAGAAGUAUGACGUAGAGAAGUGUGGAGAAUACGGUGGUGGUGGUGAAUACACACCCCAGACUGGUUUUGGUUGGUCAAAUGGAGUUGUAUUGGCGUUCUUGGAGGAGUUUGGAUGGCCACAAGCCCUGCCGAUAGAUUGCCAAUGAGCUAAUAUACUGUUGAGACAAUUUUUGAGUAUCUGAAAUUACACACAAUAUAUAGGAAGGAAGCUCAGCUUCCUUUUUCAUUGGAUUGCCCUUGUAGUCACUGAAGUAAUGUUUAGUAAAAAAUCAAAUUGAUUUUUUAUUAAUUCUAUGACUUAGCCCA